CGUGCGAUGGCGACUCACUGGACCGCCUGUAGGAGCAGGCGCCGCGGACUACGGGACCACAGGAGUACCCGCGAGGGCGGUCCUCCAGCCAUGGCGUCGUCGUCGGGGGAGGAAGACGGGGCGAGGAUGAGUGCUGGCGCCCGGGAGCUGGCGGACAUGGCGCCGGUGCCCCUGAGCGACCGGGCCUGCCCCGUGGUCUCCAUCGCCUGUCGCGGCUUCCGUGCCUUCUACGUCGACGGCAAGUGCUGCGCUCGCGCCCUCUGCCUUACAGUCGAGACCAUCUACGGAUCUACCUCAAGCCCCCAUCUCAACAACACGAUCUGGUAUUUCAGGCGUGUUGUUCUUGAGGCACUGGUCUGAUUUGCUGCAAGAACACCCAGCCCGAGGAUGGCUUGGCAUAGAUUGCGUGACUGUUGUUGCUACUAUACUGUAACAGACGGCCGCUUCGACGAGGAGACAUGAAAUUGCAGUAAGACACACUGCCUCAUUUAUCAUUUUUGCUUUAGUCUAAGCUAACUAAUGCUCUAUGAAAUCACAUUAAAUCUGCAGGAGCCAAAAAAAUAUAUUUAUGAUCUGUUGCAUAGAAAUAAUGUACUUUAUAAUAUUUUCCCUGAUUGUGGCUCGCGGCCAAUUUGUAGAAGCUUAAACUAGUGAGAUUAAGGCAAAGAAAGAAGCUAAUAUUUGCUCAAUUUAAUUUUCAGACGUGGUUCUUUUACUCCCACAAUAAUUAGGCAUAAAGUUCUUUCGCAUUAUUGUAACACUGUAUCUUAUAAAUAGUGAUGAACAAGGUUACCUUAAGACCUAUGACAUGUACGCCAUAUUGAUGAAGAUGCCACAGAUAUUUGAUUCUGUUAAAAGUUUCUACCUUUACUCUGGUCAAGAUAGUUACCUGAUCUCCAAUAUCUUAGUGGAAAGUGCAUCCAAAUUAUGACACUUCUAUAUUUCUAUUCUUUAUGCAGUAUAUAAAUAUUGUUCACUUGCUUUAAACUGUUUAUGCGCAUUUAAGAUAUGAAGUGCAAUCAAGGUUAAAAAAAGCGCUAAGCGCUAAGCGAGCCGUGAGACUCUGCCUAGAGGAACUACUGCUUAAGCGAGCUUAAGCACCGCUUAAGCGAGCUUAAGCACCGCUUAAGCGUGCAUGGCAAAACAGACAUAUGUGUGAGCCUUAAAUAGGAAAUAUUGAAUAACCUCACGUAGUUCUGUGUUAUUUCUGGUCCAACAAAAGGCCCAACAUGAUGCCUCUUGUUUCUCAGGUCGUAGCCAAACACAUGACCCCCUCCAAAAGGCCCAAUAACCUCACAUACUGCAAAUAAAUCGAUCCCCUCGUGCUUCCCAUCCUCCCAGAUCCCAGGUCGUAGCCGCCACUCACGCACACCUUCCUCUCACUUUGAUCCCCUCGAUCUGGACUGGAAGGGGAUGAGGGGAACGAGCUGUUGGAGGAAGGGGACCCUGUCUAGGCGGCCUUGAGGAAGAUCUAGAGGGCGGCGCGAAAGAGGAGCUUGACCAGCGGCGCGGAGGAGCUCCAGUGGUGUUGCCUCUUGCUUCUGCCUCGACACGGGAGUGAAAUUGGGAUGAUUACGGAAUUCCUAACCCUAACCCUCUUGCUUAUGCAUCGACACCGCGCGAGAGCCCGCCUCCACAGCUCCUCCUCGCUUUUCCUCUCGCUCAAGCCGAAAGCUGAGCGGAAGGGCUCCGCUUAGCUCUAAUCUACGCUUAAGUUUUGAACCAUGAGUGCAAUUAGAAAAACACGUGGGGUCAUUAACUAAUUUUAAACUCCUUUAAAAAAAUUCAGUUCUAUGCAUGUGUAUAUGUGUGUAGUUACCUUUCUUCAGUUUUUUCGGGCCAGCUGCUCUUAUUGCUGCAGUAGUAUAUUUUGAUCUAUAUAUGCAUGUACUUUGUAACGCACACUUUCCACCAGAAACUUCCUGGGAAAGGUUAUCUGCAAACUUAUAUGUCUAUCGGUUGGGAUGUAUGAAAAUGACAUAUCCACAGUCUGAAAAUAGUAAUUAUUAUGUGUAUGCAUGUUUGUGUAAUCUAAUAUCCUCGGAUUAACAGUACAGUUUAGGUAUAGAUGCCAGUGGAAGCGCAGCUGUUGUUGCAGAUUCAACUCAGAGCCUGCAAUCAUGUAAGUAUAACAAUGAUGUAUCUCUACUCAUGGUUCACUUUUCCCGUUACCAGAAAUAUAACAAAUUUUAGGAAAUCUGAGUAGAGAUCCAUUGUUAUUUAGGGCAGGUGGGAAAUCACGAAUUCUUUUCUGACGAGCAUUGCUGAAAUUUUGUUGUUGUAUAGUUUUUUUGUCUACAAAUGCCAGAUCCCCAUAUAGGUGAUUUUUUUUCCUGUUAUUUUCUUACUAGAUCUGGGUAGCCCAGAAACGCUUCUUGGAAGAGUUUUGUACUACACCGCCUCAUAGCCUCUUUAUUGAUCCACACACAGCACAAUUAUAGUACUUGGCUUUUGGCUUCCCUUGAAGUUUGUUUAUAGUUUAUUGGAAUAAGAGAUUUAGUCGAGCAGCAAACCGGCACGAAGUAUUGUCAAUGGUACCAAAUUGGUUUUGUUCUCAAUUGAUUAUCUGUUGCUGGAUCAAUGGUUGUCCAAACUGAAUCAAUGCUAGCAUAUUGUCCCUUUUUCACCAAAAUAAUGUUGACUUCCAAAAUAGAAAAAUCCAUGGUUAUAAAACACUUUUCUUAUCUAUGUAUCUGGAAACAUUUUAUUUGCAAUUUAGCAUGAUGCAACAGUGGUCUUUGCCCAACAAAAUUUGGUGAUUCAUGAUACAGACAUACAUUCAGGAUGAUUAGCAUUUUGUAUCACAUAUUCUUCUCUACAGAAUUUGCUAGACAUGUAUUUCUCAUCUAAGCUCUCUGAUCUCUUUAUAGCAGACAAUAUUUAGGGUGCGAUGGAAUGCAAACUGAUAGUGUCUCACAUUUCCACCAGAUAGGAUACGGAGAGUCCGAGAUUCCAACUUAUUUUCAAAGAUGUGUUAGCACAAACUCACAUUGUGAAUAGAAGUAACUAUUUUCCCUAAAGAACAUGGUAUUUAUUUAUUUUGGAAGAGUUCCAUUCGGCCGUCCUCUGCAUACAUAUUGCGACCAAGCAUUUUCACAAUUCUCAUGUUUAAUACGUACAUGAUACGUCUCCAACGUAUCUAUAAUUUCUGAUGUUCCAUGCUUGUUUUAUGAUAAUAUCUACAUGUUUUGUUCACACUUUAUGAUGAUUUU